AUGAAGAGAGAGGGUCGCCAGCAUGGGAUGGUCCGAACCUAUCAGAUUUUGCCAUCGCCUUUGAACCCGAGACCCGAAACUAGAUUUGUGAACCGGUUCGACUCGCCACCCACAACCGGGUUAUUCACCCGGGUGUCAUCCAAGCCCACCAACCACUCCAAGUUCACUGGCAAGUGCGGGCAACCUAGGUGCAACGGGUGUCACUUGCACCCAACCUGCAAGGCCAAAGACAAGACCAAAGGCACUCAGAAACUCAAACCAAACAAUGUCGUUUCUAAUGAUGACUCAUUUUGUGGGUUUUCUGCUACAGUCAUUUUGGAUCACAUUUACUACCUGGAUGAUAAUGAGGAAGAAGAAGUGUGUGAUCAUGCGUGA